AUGGAGGAUAAAACUGACUCUAUUGUUAAGACGGCUCAUAUAGCAAAAGGAGACACUCCAGGGAAAUCAAACCAUAAAUACAGUCGAGUUACUGAAGAAGAAUCUGGGAAUAAACCUCUGCCUCGGAGAAGGUCUUUAUUCAAGAAUGAAGAUGUAUUGCCAACAGAGACACUGGUAGCUCAUUCUAUUCUGUCAAAGCAGCAAAUUGGAAAAAUGAAGAAUUGGAAGCAAUUGUACAAUAUAUUGCUUUAUACAAACCAAGUUUUGAAGAUGACCAUUGGCCAGCAAUAAGAGAUGGUGCAUUCUGGGAACAACGUGCAAAAGCUGUACAUCAGUACUCUGGGCAACCAUUGCGGACAGGUACCUUGUAUAUUGUUUAUAGAGUACAUUGUAACCUUGUUAAUAUGGUCACCAACAGCCUAUAAAAAAUUUGGCUGCAUUAACAUGGUGACCAUAUUAACAAUGUAAAUUUAAUGGGAGAAGUAUAUGCUAAAGUUGCAAAUUGUGUAAGAAAACUCAAACUAAAGACUGCAAAUAAUUAGAUUUUAAUCUUGUGCAUUUGCGAGUAAUUAAUUGAACGAAUACACUGAUAUUCUUUUUGUAAAAUCUUUAAGAUGUCACCAUAACAAAAUCCAUCAUAUAUCAAUUAAACUAGAUACACAACUGAGAGAUAUAUUCAAUAAACUAAUAUCCUGCUUACAAACAAAUCGAUGAACAAAAAAUCUACAAACACAAUCUCCAGUAUUAAAUCUCGUUGCGAAGGUGGACAUGUAUACUACGUCAAGAGAUAUUUUUGGCCAUAAUUUUCUAAAUAUCAAUUUAUUAAUAUCUUUUAAGGGGCAGCUAUCCGAACAAAAACACUAAAGUACUUGGCAAAAGAAUUUUCAACUGUAACUGAUGCAGAGAACUUUUAUGACAUUGAUUAUUUUCAUUGCAAUUCACUUUUAACAGAAUGUUCAACCCAAAAUGAUGGUUGGGAAAAUGUAAAUAAGUCACAAGGAGAUAUCAUGCAAGAACUUAUCUCAGCGUUCAAAUGCAAACUCACAAAGAGAAUGCAAGAGCAGAUGAUAAAUCAGCUUGUACAGAUAUGGAUUACUCAGCACUAUGGAACUGAAUUUUACUAUUACAUGAGCAAAGAUUUCUUACCUUUGGCUGUUAAAGGGAUGAAUUUGUUGAAAGAAAAUAAUAAGAAAAACUUGUUUCUUGCUAUGAGUAAAUGCUUUGGUGAGGAAAUUAAUGGCAAAUCCAGGAUGAGUGUUAAGCAAAUGCCAUUUGGGCUUAUAUCGUAUAAUCUACAGUUUUUCGCUUCUGAUCAUACAGCAAAUAUUAAGAUGGAGAAUGAUUACUUGGAGUGGCAAACCACCAUGUAUGCUCAGUUUGGCCACAAGUGGGCUUGCCUGCACCGAGGUCCAGCAUGGCAGUACGAUCAAGAUGAUAGUGGCAGUGACUGUGACCCAGCAACCGAUGGUAAUGAUAAUGUACCUGCUGACAAUUUGAAUACAUCAUACGAGACAGGUUUUAUAUCAGAAUAUCAAAGUUCUGGGAAUGCCGACUUGAUUCAACUAGCUCUGGAAGAUUGCGAAAUAGACCUUCAAGCGGAAGAAAGCGAAGCUGAUACGGUUUGUGAUCCUGACAUUUGUGCACUAACAGAGGGCCUUAGUAACGUAGCACUAACAACAGAUGUUACCCAAACUGAUAUGUCAUUGUUGUGGAGUAGCAAUGUUGCUGAACGAAAUGAGGAGCUGGCAUAUGCAGUAGACAAGCCUGAAGAAGUGGAGAAGUAUUUUAAAAUUCGACCAACACGACAUAGAAGAAAAUUAAACAAGCACAUUUAUUGCCCCUACAAGGUAAUAAUGAUAGCUUUCCAAUUAUGUAUAAGCACAUAACUUGUACCCAGUUUCAACACGAAAAAGGUGGAAAUUGGGAAAACGAGAAAUUGUGAGAAAACACUACGCCUGAAGGGAUGGGUGUUUUCACACAAUUUUGAGUUUUCCCUUAAUCCAUGAGUGUUGAUAUAACUAUAUAUCAAUAUGGAAAGAAAUGUUUUAUAUUUGUUUUAUAAUAUUGCAUAAAGAAAUAUAAAGAAAUUUUCCAAAGUUUCUGUGUUGACAUUGAGUUAUAUCAACAUGGCUCUUGGCCAAUCAGCGUUCAGAAUUUACAAAUGCUAUAUUAUAAUUUGUUGCAAAGAUAGUUGUGAGUUAGGUUUAGUGGAUCAAGGGCUGGUUGUUCAGAAGGUGAAUAACGCCAUCCACUGAAUAGUGAUUUUUUGAAACCUUCAUAAAACUUCCCACUGAUCAUUAUAACAGACAAGUAGGUUUGAUAUUACUGUCAACUUUGUUUUGGUGGGAAAACAAAAUAUCUCUGUUUGUUGCCUAGUUUUAUAAAGGUUUAAAAAAAACACUAUCCAGUGGAUUGCACUAUCCAACAUUUGAACAACUGACCCUAUAUGAAAAUAUAAUCUGGCUGUUAAAAAGAUUGUGACCAUAUCUUUAUGACAGUGACAACCAUAAUGGAAAUGUGAGUAAAAUGAUUAUGAUUAAUUUAUUAAUAGGCUAAGAUCAACAUUGCUGGAGCUGGUGUCAGACAUCUGAAGAGAAUGAUUCAGAAUAAAGGAUUCUCAAGAAGCACUAUCAUUCAAAAAAAGCUUUUGAAAGACGCCCAUGAGAGGAGUCCCAAAGGCCGUUGGUGGAUCAAGGCUGAUGCAUGUGAUUUGAGGAAAGGAUUAUGCGAGUCGUUGCGUGGUGAAUGGUCUGGAGAUAAAGAUAUAGGAGACGGUGAAGUAAAAAAGAUACAUGAUGAAUAUAGGACCAAGGAAAAGAGGGUCAAGAAUUUGCAAGUUGGAAGUGACAACUUCCUCAAAACUCUGCUUGAUGUCAAGAAGGACCUUGAAUGCGAUGUUUUAUUCCUACAAAAGGGCUUAAAGAAUGCAACUGAGAUCUACAACAAGAAGGUUGAUAGGGGAAACGUUUCUCAGGACAAUCUUGUGGCCCUUGCUUGGGAUGUCACUGGUUACACAGAGCUGGUAAAGAUGAAUGGCGAGUUGAUUUCAAAGAUCUGCUUGGUGCAAGAAGACCAAAACCUUACAACUGUCGGCAGUUGGAAUAAUUUGCGUAACAAGCUAUGCAACUACCUGAAGCAGCUGUACUUCCGAAAGCGUGAACCUGCUAGUCACUUAAUGGUGUUUAUGAUAGCCGAUGAACACAGGGAAUUUAAACCAUAUGCCAUUCCAGUUCGGGUCUUACCAGUUACCACGGUUACGGAUAACGAUAUGCGACAUUUGAGAGAUCAAUUGGUCGAUGCAAUGGAAGAAUUGGGGAUGAUAGUUGUUGGUAAGUUUAUAUAUAUAUAUAUAUAUAUAUAUAAUCUGCAUCUGCGAUCAUUGGUUGCAUGCUGGCUCGUUCCGCAUUUAUUGUUGUUCAUUUUGAUCAUAGGGUUUGUUACUGAUGGGGAAUGGAACUCGUUAAGAACUCGUGGGGGACACAGGGCUGUGUCCAUUAUCCAGAUAGCCAUGGAUGCAAGGAAACUUGUACAAUCAACCAAAGUUGUUGAUCUUGACAAGUUUUUCAAACCAACAGAGUCAAACGGUGUGUUCUUUUUUUAUUUCAUUAAUCCAUGUGUAAUAGCAGACUUUGGUUAUUACUGUACACAGUAUCACAUACUCAAUGAGGUUAAGCUUGAAAGAACUAUCAUGGUAGAUAUUAAAUAAUUAACCCAUUGAGUUGCAUUGCGCCCUACUUUAUUAUUUCACUCUGCCUAACGCCAGACGAUUUUACUCGUCAAGGGGAGAGCGCUGACACUUGAUGGGUCAACUGGCCUAUCUGCCCAUGUGUCUAUUUAACCCAUUGAGUUGCAUUGCGCCACAAUGCACCCUACUUUAUUAUUUCACUCUGUCUAACGCCAGACGAUUUUACUUGUCAAGAGGAGAGUGCUGGUGCUUAAUGGGUGAUAUUAAUUAAAAUAAUGAAAUUUAAUAAAUUUGCCAAGUUUGGUUGCAAAAUGUUGUAAAAUGAGUAGAUUAAAACCGUAUGUUAUUCGCAAGCUUUGAUUAAAUUUGUAUUACACGAGGGAAAUUAAUACUGUAACCAUAUUUGAGCCGAAAAUGGUUAUACAUUAUUUCCUGCGCGUAAUAAUAAUUUUAAGAUGCUCUUUCCAUUUUAUUGAAAAGAUAUUUUGUUCUUCGAUUCUUACCUGUAUUUUAAUUUAGUCGAUCUACAGCUGGAAUGAUCUAUUUACUUGCAAAAUUGUGAUUUGUGAAGUGAUCAUCAGUAUGAUACAGUUUUAUGAAAACUCAUGAUUUUAUCAAACUAAAACUCAUUGUGUUUGUUGUAUUUUGUACGAAAACCAGAAAUAACACAUGAUGCCAUACCCCAAUCACAUAUUGCAUGGCUUUAUGAUUUCAUGGAAAAUGGAGACCCCAACCGGAAAAUUCCAUUUAAUGAAGCGAUUCAUGUUAUGAGAAGACGAAUGUAUCCCAAGAAUUAUGACCCGUGUCCAUGGACACCAGGCAAGAACAUCAUUGCAUUUAUACAGUACAUAUGCAUUAUGUGUGUGUUAAAUUUAAUUCUAAAACGGAUAAUGUAUACAUUUGUUUAGGGAAAAGUGAAACAUAUGCUGAUUGUCUGAGAUCGUUGUUUGCCAGUUAUGUUUUCAAACAAUCUGUGCAGUCAUUGAAAGCAGAAGGAGUUGACUUUGAAAGUCACCUUUAUCAACCCGAGAUCAGCAGCGUCACGGGCGAGGCAAUGCUUAAUAGAGAGGAUCAUGGUCAUGUUUUUAAAAGAUUCACGCAAUGUCUUAGAAGUGGUUCGAUUCCAGGCAUAAACAUGAAAGCUUUUGCGGAUGCUUUAAAUGACCCAAAAUCAGGUCUGACGUACGAAGCACUAACCGGAAAAAACAAACAGAGCAUUCCUGACUGCGAACGUAUGUUUUCUAUAGGCGUCUUGAAAUACAUGGAAAGGCAUGGCCACGUUGCAGAAGCGCAGUUGGUGCAAAUGGUACUUGACUGGCACAAAGCAUUUGAUGGACGUGGAAUUACAAUGCAGCAGAGAGUUUUGAACUGCAAAAGAGUUCUAUCAUGGCUAUUAGAAGAUUGGAUGCCUUGGCAUUCCAACAAUCCUGACUUCUCCACACUCGAUAUUAACAG